CUUGGAUAAUGUUACUUCACUCAUUGACUUGGACAAAAGUCAAGACUGCUUGAUUCUUAUGGUUCCUCUUGCUAUUCUUUUUCAUUUUUCCUUCCAUCAGACAUCUGCGGUGUUGUUGUCCAGUCUAUCCUAGACAUUUUCUUUCUCUUCAUUUCGUCACUCCUUUGAUACAUUCAUCCUUCCCUUCGAUACGCAAGCAGGCCAGCAACUGCUUUUUUUUUUUUUUUUUUGGUUUUUUGAAUUCUCCGAAAUCGAAACAUUCACAUCUUAUCAAAAUCAAGCCAUCACGAAUACGAGAUCAAAACGUCAAACUCACAACCAUGUCCCUCUUUAAGACAGUCAUCCUCCCUCUCCGGGCCAUCCAAGGCGUCUUUGCUCUCCUAGUCCUUGCUCUCUCAUCAUACGUCGCCCACUGGUACAACACAACAACAGUAAUCUCCUCCCCCUCCUCCAUUAACUUCCUCUUCUUCGCCUCCCUCUACUCCCUCCUCUCCAUCCUCGCUCUCGAGUUCCUCAUCCCUCGCUUCGUCGCCCCCAAGACGGCCGCCAGUAACUACAUCGCUUUGGGGGUGGAACUGUCAAACGUGCUCUUUUGGUUCGCGGGGUUUGUCGGGCUGGCGGUUUUCCUGAGCAAACUGCUGUUUUGUCGGGGGAGCGUCUGCCAAAGUGCGCAGGCUGACGUUGCGUUUGCUGCGGCGGCGUGGCUGGUGUGGAUUGGGUCAGGGGUGAUUAUGGUGAGGGAGGUGGUGAAGAAGGGGGGGUUGAUGAGUUGGAAGAGGAAGGAGCCGGCGGCGGUGGAGGUUCCUGUUACCAACAAGGAGGAGGCUUAAGAUGUUGGAAAGACUGAGGUUAAAAGCUGUCGUGCCGGUGGAGGUUGAUCAAAGACCAGCCAGUUUUCUGGGGAUGCGGGAGGAUUCCUGGAGGAUCGACCGGGCCGUUGAUUUUCGUGGCUCCUUCGCGAUGGUGGCUUCUCAGGGGCUGGCGGGAAUGCGGCACAGUUCUAUGCGCUCCGUGGUGGUGGGAGUGGUGGCUGCUCGGAAUUACCAGAGGUUCGGUGCUCGGAUCUGGAAUGCGAGAAGGAUUCGGCCCUGGCGGGGAAGGUUUAUUACGGACAACAGGACAUGGCUCGGGCGGGCGAUGGUUUUGGAUAGGUAUGAUUUAAUGGUUUCCUUUUGCUUAGAUUCUGUUCUUGUCGAUGUUGGCUGCUCCAGCCUUGACGGCUGGCUAGAGUCGGUCACAUUUUUAUCUUAUAACGUUUCUUUUUUGAGCUGGCGCUCUAUGAGGGUAGUGUUUCUGCGUGGCUGGUUUUUGGGAAAGAUGACUAUCCUGAGAGCUGUUGAUGAAAAUACCAACAAAGAUGAACUUUGCCUUCGAAUGCUC